UCUUUCUUGGAGAAGUGACGGAAGCAAAGUAAUCAAUUCUCUUUCUGAAAGCCAGCGCCAUUACAAAAACAAAACAGCCUGGACAUUAGAUACUGUCUUCAAAAUCAAGAGCUUUUUCUUCACAGGGGCUUAAACAUGCUGCCCAUUAUUUUCGCCCUGUCAAUGACAGUAUAUACCGCACAAGGUGCCAGCUAUUCCGACCUCCUCCUCAAUGAUCUUUCUCAGCUCUAUCAGCUUCAACAACCUGAAUCAGGUGGACGAUAUGGUUACUAUGACGACGAACUAGUUGGGAGGAGUAUGCCUGAUGAUUGGACCUUAAACAUGGAUGACCCAAAUCUAUUCAGCAGAGCAUCAAUUAGGGACCCAGAAUUAAUAGAACAGUUGCCUAGCCUAUGGGGAUACCAGUCCGUGUCUGGUGGAACAGGAGGUGGAAAAGAAAAUCCUAAACAAGUAAAAACUGACAAAGUUCUUCCUGCUUACUGUAACCCACCAAAUCCUUGCCCUGUUGGAUACACAGCUGAUGAUAACUGCGUGGAAAAGUUUGAGAAUUCCCUGGACAAUAAUCGUCGUCUGUUAAAACAACAAGACUGUCCAUGCGAUGCAGAACACAUGUUUUCAUGUCCGGCAGAAAAUGACCAUGAAAUUAAGGAGACGGGCAACUAUCCAGACUGGAUGGAGCAAAACUCAAACUCAGAUUUGGAUAGCAUGAAUUUGGAGAAACGCGAGAAGAAAGGUGGCAACCAAAUGAGAUAUAAAAGGGACAAUGAACGCAUUAUGGAUAUACUCCAAUCGAAACUUGAGAAAUUGAAGAACAACCCCUAUUUUAACGGACCCCAUAGAGAGGUUGCAGCCAAAAAGGGCGAUCCCCUAAUGAUUAAACACUGAGUUGUCUGGACAUAAAACCAACGGUUUUAAUGUUUGCUUAAAUUAUGUUGCUUAUUGUUCGUAUAUCUUAACUGAUCUAUUAUUAGACGAGAAUUUAAAAAAAUCUAGAGAUGCAAACUUAAAGAACAAGUAAAGGCAUACUUUUUCUAAAUAUAGCAUCAGGGUCAUGGUAAAGGGGGUCUGUUACAAUUGUAGUUUUCUUCUUGUCCGUGAAUGUUACAAGAAAAGUGUAUUGAUAAAAAUUAGUGUGUGGACAUUUUUUCUGUUUUGUAAAUGAUUGUUAUUCAAUUCAAUUAAGUUAAUUAAAGAAUUAGCCAAGAAAAUAGGACACUGCAGCAAACCACCAACUUUGAAUGGAUAUUUCAAGACCAAAAGAUAUGUUUGUUUGCACAUCAAAUAUAUCUAUAUAACACUUAUGAGUAUAAGUUCCUUUUUCAUUUAUAUGUAUGGAAUCAUUAUAUUUUUGCCGAAUCGAAUGCUCACAAUGAACGAAGAGAAUUUUUAAAGCUCCGAGUCCUUAUAAAAGUAACAUAGAUUUUUUUAUCUACAAAAAAUAUUGAGACAACUCGAAAUGUUCCACCAAAGUUAUUUACAUUAAUCUCGAUUCAAUUGUAUCCAUGCCGCAAAUACACAAUAUGUAUGACAAUAUUAAAACUGUGACCAACGAUUCCUAAUUCCAUAGCUUUUACACUACAUUGUUUUCAAAUAUUUUAUUGAGAGUACUUAACGGUUCUAUUUUACAAAGUCUAUCAAUUGUUGGUUUUUGAAUAAAAUAUAUUUACGUUU